AUGACAUGCCAGGCGUUUAGUGCAGCGGACUCUUUCACCACGCUGGCAGGAGACUCGUCUGCCCUGCCUCUGCUCAUGCACCAUGCCAGCACUGGGGAAUGCCUGCCCGUCAGCAGCCACGCCAGCAACAUGGUGUCUGCAGUGUCCUCCGGUCUGUCUCUGGUCCAGUCCUCCAAGCGCUCUCACAUGCACCUGUCCACCUCGGCCCUUGGCAACACAUCAGCUGGUCUGCACUAUCCCAUGCCUCCUUGUCACUAUAGCAACCAGCAGACCACAUACGGGAUGAUGGCAGCACAGGAGAUGCUCUCGGCCAGCAUCUCACAGACCCGUAUUCUACAGACUUGUAGCAUGCCCCACCAUAACAUGGUCAACGGAGCCAACUCAUUACAAGGCGGUUUGGCCCCAUGCCUGUACAAGUUCCCGGAGCACAGCCUGGGAGGGGGGCCAUGCGCACUGAGCCACAGCUUCCCCCCGCUGCCCCAGGCGCUGCUCACGGACGAGACGUGUCUGGGCGACAUCAAACAAGAGCUGCGCAGGAAGAGCCGGCCCCCAGAGGACCCUCCUGACAUGGACUCACCCCAGAUCCGUGAGCUGGAGAAGUUUGCUAAUGACUUCAAACUGCGCAGGAUCAAGCUGGGUUACACCCAGACCAAUGUGGGUGAGGCCCUGGCUGCGGUGCACGGCUCGGAGUUCAGCCAGACCACUAUCUGCCGCUUCGAGAACCUUCAGCUCAGCUUCAAAAACGCCUGUAAGCUGAAGUCCAUCCUGGCCAAGUGGCUGGAGGAGGCAGAGCAGGCUGGAGCUCUGUUUAAUGAGAAGAUGGGCAUGCACGAGAGAAAGCGGAAGCGGAGAACAACCAUCAGUAUGGGGGCCAAAGAGGCCCUGGAGAGAAAUUUUGUGGAGAAGAACAAGCCGUCCUCACAGGAGAUCGUGCGCAUGUCAGAGGGGCUGCACCUGGAGAAAGAGGUGGUGCGCGUCUGGUUCUGUAACCGCAGGCAACGGGAGAAACGCGUCAAAACCAACCUGCACCACAGCUCUUUCUUCAAUAAAGAAGCUCACUCCUGUAGGUAGACAUCAUCUCUGACUCCUCUGUGAAGACUUUGCCAUGGCACAGGAAAAAUAAACCUCAGGAAUAUUGGUGCCAAAGCUAUGGAAAAAUAGGUUAAGCUUUGAACUAUUGUGAGCAACUACAAGGGUGGACUACAAUAUGGUGGCGUAGUGUUAGCUUCACUUGGAUGCUGGAUAUAUAAAAAACGUGAACUUCAGUUGAUACAGAGCGUACUGUUUAUUCUCAAAAAGCAUUGUGUGCCAAAUUAUGUUUGAUCCAAACUGUUCUCAAAUGCAUUUCAUGUUUACACAAUCCCUAAUUAUGUCAUAAUGACAAUCCCUGUCUAUUUAAUUAUGAUACUACAUUUCACAUGGUCUUCAUAAUAACGGAUUGUUAGUAUAUUUAAAAAAAAAAAAAAAUCUAAUAUAUGGUAUUAAUAUGUAGUUUGAUAUUAGAAAAGUACAAAAUGAUUUUGAAACAAAUGGCAUUUCUAUGCAUCUCUUGUGCGUACCUGUAUCAGUAUGAUGCAGUAUGCAUUAUGAUUAAACACAUUAAUAAAAGACUUGGCUUCUCUUUUGUGUUGCAUUAUGAAUUCUGAAUGAAUUUCAUGGAUUUUUAAUGGAGAACCGAUUUAGGUAUUAUCUUCUUCAUGCACCCCUAGCAUUCACACAAUACUGUACAGAAUGUAUAGUUCAUCAACUCAAAUGUUUAAUAUGGUACAGUACAGUAAUAUAUACCAUGAGCCCCAUCUAUUCGAACAGAUUCAGUAUUAAAACCUUUUUGGAAAGAUUUGUUGGAUGUAGUCAAGCCCUUGGCAGCCUCUACCCCUCCAUUUCACGAGAGGCUUCACCCUAACACAGCAAGCUGCAUACAGAAUGGAAUAGAAGAAUUCCCCACAGUGAAUGAUCUCCAAGAUAAUAUACUGGUCCAGGUGCUUAGCCCAGGACAGCUGUUCUAGGUUUAUGUCACACAUCCAUAGUAAGACGUCUCUCUUGGAUAAUGAAACUCUCAAGUCCUCACUCUCUCUGUACAUCUUCACCUGGGGAUGUUAUCCUACGU